AUGGCUUCAGUCAGCAACCUCCCUUAUGGAUUAAACACUAAUUAUGAGACUGUAAUAAAAAUAAUUGGGAGCAAGUAUGUUCGAUGCCUUGUAGAAAAAAAUGAUGACAAAACACAGGAGGAUGUGAAAACUGAGAGCCAGUCUAUGCUGAGACUUUUACCUCCACAUCAUACAAGACACACAUACGGAAACCCUCCAGGAUUCAGUAAGUCUCCUUGUCAGCGGAUCAAUUAUGGUCUCAGUGAUGAACAGCAGAACAAAGGCAAAAAGGAAGAAGAUAAGUCUAAACAAGCAGAAACAAAUGAUAACAGCUCUGUGGACAACAAAGUUCUAAAGCCACUCAAUAGACAUUGCGCCACAGCUCCCUGUGGAGAUAAGUCAUUAUCCUACAUUCAUACACACCAGAAACCAUCGUUUGGAGCUCAGACUUUAAGACAACUUGAAAGGCAACAGGAUAUUGUGCAAGUACCAACAGAGACAUAUGAAGAGAAGGAUUCUCUUCUUGCUGCCCUCAAAAAGGAAGUUGAGCUGUAUCCCUUGAGUCUGAAAUUGGACCAACUGCAGGAAGAAUGCAAGUCUUUGGAUCUCAGAGCUUCAGGAUUUCUAACUCAGGCACAGCUGAACCCUCUGCUCCUAAAACAUGAAGUCCCUCUUCAGUUGCCCACAGUCAAACUCCUUUUCAAGAGAUUUUCAAAGGCAAAUGACCUGGAAUUGGUAAAUUAUGAGAAGUUGUUCCAGCUAUUAACAUUAGUGGCAGCAAAUAAAACGCACCAAGCAGGGGCUCUUUCUGAAAAGAGUCAAAAGAAUCAGAGUAAAAGUUCUUGGACUCAAGAGGAUGUGUUCCAGGCUUUGAAGCAAAUACUUAAAGAACAUACAGGACAGCUGGAUUUCAGAAAACUAUGCCUGAGUUUCCUACAACAAGAUAAGACUUCCUCUGGUCUUCUUUCACUCUCUGAGACAGAGAACAUUUGCCAAAAGCAUGGACUAAUUCUACAUCCUGGUAUGAUGGAAUUUUUGGUUAGCACCUAUGAUUUUGGUAGAAGAGGCAGAAUGCAAUGGAAACCAUUUGUGGAGUUUCUGAAGCAAGCCCAGGCUGAGAUAAAUCCUGCUUCACCUGUUUGCGGAAGAAGAAAAAUAGAGAAAAGUGAAGAUGAUUCUCAGGACAAAGAAAAACACGGAUGUCUUACCACCAAGUCCUGGAAGCAAAUUAAUAAUGACACAUCAGACUGUAAUGAUUCUGUGGAACGAGAAGCCUGGAUAGAUCGGUUCAGAAAGCUAGAGAGAGCCCUUUAUAUGGCUGACAUCAAAAACACAGGAAAGUUGGAAAAAGAAAAAGCCAAGCGCUUGGUCCAUAACUACAAUCAAAUUUAUGAUCUGUGCCUUAGUCCACUGAAAAUUGAUAAAGCAUUUCAGUCUUUCCGUCCUCAGCAAGACCUGCCCCUGGAACCGCUGCUGCAUUACUUAAAAGAGCUAUAG